UGCAAAGCCGCCAUCUUUUAUUGAAAGUAUUUUUCAUCGCUAGGCACCAGGGCGUCUCUGACGGCAGAUCUUUGCACUAAAGUUAAAUUAUCAACAAAACAGACUUUGAGAUGCCUAGGAAGGCGCGCAAAGUUGAGGAGCCCGAAGAUCUGCAGUCCUUCCUCAACAGCAUUCCCCAGGAGGUCGAGGGCGCCAGCGAUGACAAGGUUAUGGACAAGAUAAUGGAAGCCAUCGAGGAGGAGGACGCCGUGCAGAAUCUCAUCGAUGUCGAUGAGGAGGAUGCCGAAGAUGAGGAGGAGUUCGAUGAGGACAAGUACUUCAUAGACGACGAGGGCAACUGCUACAUCAAGACGACUCCAAAGAUCCAGAAGGCGCUCCAGAAGAAGCUGAAGGACGCUGCCGAGAAGAAGGCCAAGCUGAAGCAGGCGGGAAAAUCCACAAACAAGACCAUCAAUCUGCGUCCCGCCUCUUCGCCGCCAAAAGGUGCCGCCAGCAAGACAGCUUCCAUCAGCGUUCGACCAGCCAGGUCCGCAACGAAGGCAGCUGUACCAGCUAGCAAGGAAGAAGCUCCAGAGCCGAGCCGCGUUACCACGAGAGGCAGGACUAAACUGAAUCCUAAAGCAAUAAAGGAGGAGUCCACUGACUUGCAGAGAGAGCUGGAGGAGCUGGUGGAUGACCCCGAUAUCAACAACGUUGUUAACAAUUUGGAGGACUAUGCAGUUGAGGCGUCUAUCGUUGAUGACAUAGAACAGAUAAACCAGGACGAGGUGUACGAGUUCGGGGAUCAAGCUCCGGUACUGGAGGCGGAAGAAGACCCCCCGAAGCAGGAAUUUGUAAUCACGGAAACGCAAGUGAGCCUGAAACCAGCCAUGGUCCAAACGAAGGGCGAUAGCGGGACGACAUACACCUGCUCCAAGUGUCCGUACACGUCGAAUAAGCGGUUCCUGAUCACCCGGCACUGCCGCGGUCACGACGAGGAGCCCUCCUUCAAGUGCUCCAUCUGCGAGCGGGCCUUCCGCACUAAGGCUGGCCUGGUCAACCACAUGAAUACGCAUACCGGCACCAAGCCGCAUAAAUGCAAGUUCUGCGAAAGCGCAUUCACGACGAGUGGCGAGCUGAUCCGGCACACUCGCUACAAGCACACCAAAGAGAAGCCGCACAAGUGCACCGAGUGCAACUACGCCAGCGUGGAGCUGACCAAGCUGCGCCGCCACAUGACCUGCCAUACGGGCGAGCGACCCUACCAGUGUCCGGACUGCACCUAUGCCUCCCAGGACAUGUUCAAGCUGAAGCGUCACAGGGUGGUCCACACGGGCGAGCGGAAGUACCAGUGCGACAUCUGCAAGUCCCGGUUCACGCAGUCCAACUCUCUCAAGUCGCACAAACUCAUCCAUACGGUGGUGGACAAGCCCUCCUACCAGUGCACCUACUGCCCCUCCACGUGCGGCCGCAAGGCCGACCUACGCAUCCACAUCCAGCACAUGCACACAGCCACCAAGCCGCUCAAGUGUCGGCGGUGUGGCCAGGAACUGCCCGAUCGCUAUCAGUACAAGCUGCACGUCAAGUCGCACGAGGGCGAGAAAUGUUACCGCUGCGACUUCUGUCCCUAUGCCUCGGUGACCAAACGACAUUUGGACUCACACAUGCUCGUCCAUCUGGACGAGAAGCCCUUCCAGUGCGACCAGUGCCCGCAGUCAUUCCGCCAGCGGCAGCUGCUGCGCCGUCACGUGAAUCUCAUGCACAAUGACAACUACCAGCCCCCGACACCCCGCGAGAAACUCCACAAAUGUCCGAGCUGCCCCCGGAUCUUCACCCACAAGGGGAAUCUCAUCCGGCACAUGGAAAUUCACGACGAUACGGUCAAUGCGCGCGACCAGAAGAAGCGCCUGAAACUGGGCAGAGAUCUGCGACUCCGUCCGGAUGGCAGGGUCAUCAAUCUAAAUGAAGAUUCUACGCUGCUGGACGAGGAGGAGUGCUACGACCUGGCGGAAAUUGAAGAUGAGGAGGAGCUCCAGCCGGAGCCGGAACCCGUUCCAAAGUCACAACCUGUGAUAAUUAACAAGCAUGCCAGGAAGUCAGCUACUUAUAGCAAGAAACCCGUGAUCAUUAACAAGCGACUGCGGACGCAGAAGAACACCAAUACGUUUCACAUCAAGGAGGAGCAGGACAACUCGGAUUUUACCGUGCAACUGCAGGACGACGAUGGCCAGAUGAUGGUGGUGGAGCUGAUAAACGGCGCCGAGGAGGUGGUGGUCAAGCGGGAACCGGGUGGAGCCCCAAACAUAAGUGCUUCCAACUGCUUUGGCUUCGAGGAGGAUGACGAAUACGAGGAGUACAUAGAACAGGAUAACGAGGUGGAGGCCGAGUCGCAGGAGUUCCUGCAGCUAAUGGAUAUGAUAGAGCAGGACGCUUAGUCGCUUGUUGAACCAUUUAUGUAUAUAAGUAUGAUUUUAGU